AUGUUCAGCAACGCGAAGAAACUCGUUUGGUUAAGUGAAGAAGUUGCUCAGCACAAGGUCCGCGGUCGUCACCAGGCGUCCGACACAGAAGGCCAAAAAAUCCAGAAUACAAAGGCUCAAACCCCGCUGAGGACAAAGGCAACAGCGGUCAACAUCGCACUAAUAAACUUCCUGGGGCAACACCCAGGACCAACGCCAGGCACUGAAGAACCUAUGGUGGCGUCAGUACUGGCCAGCAUGAUCACUGAUUUUGGAGAUAUAUAUGGGAACAACAUGAGCAUUGCAAAGAAAUUGAACGUCUCAGAUUGUGAGCAAAAUAUACCAAAUUGCAGACUCCAAGGUGGCGCGUGGAAAUACGAGCAUGUUAGCUUCGAACCGGCAUAG